AGUUAAGGCCGAAACGUGGCAUCUAGUGGUCAAACUGCAAAUACAUUAAACGUUUAAGUCUGAAUAUUUUCAUUAUUUCAAAGUGGGCUGAUCAUGUUUCCAACUAAUAUUUCUUUAUUUUUGGUUCCCAUUUAAACAACAACCGUCAUGCUUGUUAUAAUUAAUCACGUGAACAGGUUAGAAACAACACUGCCGGGACAUGAACACGACUGACUUUAGGACCCUGCGGAUGACCGACGUGAAUCACAUGACGUACAGCACGUCGAUCAUAAUGUUGCUGCACGGUUAAACGCGCUGAAAGCUUCAUACUCGCAGCUACAGAUGUAAAGUCGCAGCAGCUUAACAGAAAGUAGUUAUGGUUACGUUUUAAGCUCAGGCUUCGCAGAAAGGCAGCGGAAAUGGCUGCGAGUGUUUUCCUCCUCGUUGCUGUGAGCUUUGCCUGUUUAUCUGUCAGUGGAAACUUGGUGUCUGGAAAGAGAUCAUUCUCUAUAGACUACAAAAACAACUGUUUCCUGAAAGAUGGGGAGCCUUUUCAGUACAUCUCAGGCAGUAUCCACUACUCCCGAAUCCCACGGUACUACUGGAAGGAUCGGCUCCUAAAGAUGUACAUGACGGGACUCAAUGCAGUCCAAGUAUAUGUGCCCUGGAACUUCCAUGAAACAGUACAGGGGGUGUACAACUUCACGGCGGACCGAGAUUUGGAGCAUUUCUUGGAUCUGGCCAAUCAGACGGGUCUUCUGGUCAUCCUGCGUCCAGGUCCUUACAUCUGUGCAGAAUGGGAAAUGGGUGGAUUGCCAGCAUGGUUACUAACGAAACCAAACAUCAUACUGCGCUCAACUGACACAGAUUAUAUGCAGGCGGUCACCAGCUGGCUCACUGUUCUCCUCCCCAAAAUGAAGCCAUGGCUGUACAAUAAUGGGGGUAACAUCAUUAGUGUCCAGGUUGAGAAUGAAUAUGGAAGUUACUACAUGUGUGACUACAACUACAUGCGUCACCUGCGGACUCUGUUCCGCUUCUUUCUGGGUGAAGACACAAUCCUGUUCACCACUGAUGGAAACACAGACAAAGAAAUGACCUGCGGGACUCUAGAAGGAUUAUACGCCACAGUAGACUUUGGCACAGACACCAACAUAACUGAAGCCUUCAACCGGCAAAGACGGUUUGAAUCUCGAGGCCCCUUGGUGAAUUCAGAGUUUUACACUGGCUGGUUGGACCACUGGGGAGAUCAACAUGCUGUGGUUGAUUCUCAGAGGGUCAGCAGAAUGCUUGGAGAAAUGCUAACCAUGGGGGCCAGCGUCAACCUGUACAUGUUUGAAGGAGGUACUAACUUUGGCUACUGGAAUGGUGCUGAUCAUGACAACAGGUUCCACUCAGUAGUGACUAGUUAUGAUUAUGACGCACCGCUGACUGAAGCAGGAGACCCCACAGAGAAGCUAUUGGCCAUCAGAGAUGUCAUUAAGCAGUUCAGAGAGGUUCCCUCUGGACCCAUGCCGCCAGCUACUCCCAAGUUUGCUUACGGCUUUGUGACUCUGAGAAAGGUAGGCAACGUUAGCAGUCUGCUAAAGAUCCUCUCACCCCUGGGCCCUGUCCAAUCCCAGUACCCGCUGACGUUUGAAGAGAUGAAACAGUACUAUGGAUACAUGCUGUAUCAGACCACGCUGCCCAGGGACCUCUCAGAGCCCACACCACUUAUCUCUCCACUGAAUGGGGUUCAUGACCGUGCAUAUGUGUCCGUCAAUGGGGUUUUCCAGGGCUUGCUGGAGAGAGACACUGUGCUGGUGAUGAACAUCACUGGACAGCAGGGGGACACUAUGGAUAUCCUCAUUGAGAACAUGGGCAGGGUUAACUUUGGCAGCAAAAUCAAUGACCAUAAGGGCCUCUUGAGCAACCUGAUCCUGGGUAAAGACAUACUGACUAACUGGAAGAUCUACCCUCUGGACAUUGAUGGAGCCAUUGAUGGUGGAUGGCCUCAGUCCUCCCCUGCAUUUGAGGAGGAACCUUCAGUCGGGCCAACCAUUUACAUGGGAACAUUACAGCCCAACAACCUGGCAUGGGACACCUUUCUCAAGCUCAAUGAAUGGACUAAGGGUCAGGUUUGGAUUAAUGGUGUGAACCUGGGACGAUACUGGCCAGCCAGGGGCCCUCAGCAGACCCUUUACGUCCCUGGACCCCUGCUUAGCACCACCCUGCCCAACAACAUCACAGUGCUGGAGCUAGAGGGGGCGCCAGCAAACUUAAGGGUUCUUUUUAUGGACAGGCCACAACUCAGUGUCCCUGAUAAAAAGCCUUAAGAGACUUUUGCAACAUUGGUGUGUUCAGCGUACCAUAUACAUUCAGCUGGUUGAAUACUUCAUCACAGUGGCUGUUUAAAGCAUUCUGUACAAGGAAUCAGUACACGGUUUGAAGCAAAGUAGAAUAAUUCACCUCAAAUGUGAGGGAAUUGAGGGACAAAGCUUUGCACACUAUUUCUGUGGCACCAUUACUCUUAAUCACUUGAGAUUACAUCGUUUCAUACAGCAUGUAGGGAACUCUUUAUCGGUCUUGAAUUAAGUCAAUCAAUAUCAACCGCUUCAUAGUCAAACAGCAAUGAUGUUGAUUUUGUCUUAAAGGUAGAAAAUGCCGAGGCCUGUGGAAAAAAUUAUAUUGGUAAAUUAUGUAUUUAACAAAGUAUUUCAGUUCUUUUUUUUUAUUGCAUUUGCUUUUUUACUUGACCUUUGAAUUGCAGAUUCUUUGAAUAAAUUAUACAUUUGAUUGUUUUGAUACAGUAUUUGUAUCCAGUGAACACUGUGUUUGAAUUAAAA